AAACAUCCCGGCAGCGGCUCCAUCGUCCCCCCCGCUUCAGCCUGAGAUGGUAGAGUCCAGAGAGCGGGAGGCGGCAAACAGCUGCAGUCAGCACAGACCAGCUGAGACAGGCACACACGAAAGAAGAGAGGAAAUGAGUGACGAGAACUCAGAGGAGGUGACUCUGCUGGAGGCUGAGGUCCAGCGUCUGCAGGCAGAAAUCAAGGCUCUGCAGCAGCAGCAGGACGUCUCCAAGGACGUGACGGUCCAGUCCAGAGGACGCAUGCAGGACGCGCUGAGGUUCCUGUGUGGACGGUCCCGGGACCUGGAGGAGACGGUGGUGUCCAGGCUGAAGGAGGAGGUGGAGGAGCUGGAGGAGGACCUGAAGCUGCAGACUCAGUGGAACGGCGUCAGCGUGAACAGCUGCAUCACCAGGACUCUGCAGAGCCGUGACCAGGAGCGGGUCCAGCUGUGCCGUCUGUCUGCUCGCUGCUCUCAGGUGGAGUUCCAGGUGGAGUUCCAGCUUUCUGAGGUCAAGGACGACUCAAGAACGGAGCGGAGGAUCAGCGACCUGAACCUGGUGCUGGACUUCAGCGACCUGCAGAGCCUCAGCAGCUUCCUGUCCAGGAUGGAGGAGACCCGGGACCUUCUGCUGUUCCUGAGGACCAUCAGGACUUUCUCAGAGCGGUGCGACGAUCGGACCAGAACCUUUCAGCAUUUCCAGGUGAGUGAAGACCCAGUCAGUCCAGAACCCGACGCUGCUGCUCGGAUGGAGCUUCAUUUGAUCUGUUACCCGUAG